CAAUUCGCAAAUGACAAUAUCCUCUACAAAGCCCUGCUGCCUGGUUAUAAAAGGAAAUGCUUCCUUGCUAAAUACGUUGUGGGCUUUAGAUCCAAGAAGCUAGCUAGAGAGGAAGUUCAUCUCUUCAUCAGGGAUAUCCAGAGCUCGAGCAACUGGGAGCUCAUCUCUUCAUCAGCAACACACCAUCAGAAGGAUCAAAAUCCCUCAUACCGGCAGGCCACAACAUGGCGGGCAUCAAUAUCAUCAGUUCGGAGCUGGUAAGGCCGAGUGAGGCCACCCCGCAUGGCCCCUUUUGGCUAUCUAACCUGGACCUUGGCGUUCGGAGCGGUUAUUCGCCGAUGAUCUACUUGUUCCGGCCGCUCGGUGUGGGCUGCCCAGCUGAUUUCUUCUCGGCGGACAUCCUAAGGACAGCACUGUCCAGGGCGCUAGUGCCGUUCUACCCUUUGGCUGGUCGCCUGGGCAUGGCCCCCGACGGGCGGCUGGAGAUCGAUUGCAGUGGCCAGGGUGCCGUUUUUGUUGUCGCACGGUCAGAUGCUGUGCUAGAAGACCUAGAGGGCUUCGCUCCAUCGAAAGCCAUGUGUGACAUGUUCGUGCCUCCCUAUGAGGAAGUGGUCGGCGCCAGCGGCAAACCUUUGCUCCUGCUUCAGGUUAGUUUGCUGAUCGAGGUUACCUUCUUGCAUGGAGGAGGCGUGGUGCUGGGCACGGGCAUGCACCACUAUGCCCUCGAUGGCCGCAGCUCAUUCCACUUCAUGCAGACGUGGUCCAGCUUGGCCAGGGGCGCCGCCGGCGACACUGUACCCCCGUUCCUCGACCGAAGUCCCCUCCGUGCACGCUCCCCGCCGGUCAUCCUCUUCGACCACUUCCAUGAGUACUGCCGGAACGGCGCCGGGUCUGCAACAGGCGCCGCCAGGCCGUCGGACUUAGCCGGUGCCAUCCUGCGUGUGACCAGCGCGCAGGCUGCCGCGCUCCGUGCGCGUACGGGCGAGUCCUUGUUCCGCUCUCUCGUGGCUCACAUCUGGCGCUGCGCGUUAACGGCGCGUGCGCUGCCCUCGGACGCCGAGUCCCGACUCUACACGGUGGUCGACAUGCGCGCCCGCCUCUCGCCGCCGCUCCCCAGCGCCUACUUCGGCAACGCUGGCGUGCGCACGUCCGUGUCAGCUAAGGUCGGAGACGUCCUUGCCAGCCCCCUCAAGUUCGGCGCACAGCGGCUCCGCAUGGCGACGGGCCAGGGCGACGAGUACGCCCGCUCGUUGGUGGACUACCUGGAGACGGCGGCGGAUGCGUCGUCUAAACCGGGGAGGGAGCUCCCAGAUACGGACCUCCGGGUGAUAAGCUGGAUGGGCAUGGCGUCGCAUGACGCCAACUUCGGGUGGGGCGAGCCUGCAGGCGUUGCGCCGGCUGCCGUGUCGUACACCUGGUUCGUCUACAGCGUUGGAGACAGCGGCGAUGUGGCGGUGGCCGUGGCGAUGAAGCCGGAUCAGCUGGAGCGGUUCAAGGAGCUCUUCUUCCACGAGAAUGAGAUGGCAUGGUGAGUCCAUCAGAAGCAUGCAAUUGUAUUGGCGAAAUGGAACUUUAUACAACAAAAGAUUGAGAGAAUAUAUCUGUUGUACUCAAGCUGCAUGCAUGUAUGUAUACAACGAUACAUGUAUUCUCUGUCCAGUGUUGACGCAUGAAAUCAGACUAGCAUAUAUAUACCAAUUUGUACUGUAUAAAUGAACUGAAAUUGCUUUAGCAAGUUUUCGCA